CCCAACUUGUAUUACUCCUUUAUUGUGUUUCAUUCCUUCUAAGUCCAACCCUUCCCAUAGUUAGCCAAAAACAUGCAUGCACCAAUGCCUCUUCUCAAACCGCCAUCUUCCCUUUCUGCGACACUACCCUACCUUACUACACCCGAGCUUCUGACCUCGUCUCUCGCCUCACCCUCCAAGAAAAGGCCCAGCAGCUCGGGAACACUGCUGCUGGCAUUCCCCGGCUAGGCGUGCCGGCUUAUGAGUGGUGGUCGGAGGCGCUUCAUGGUGUCUCCAACGUAGGCCCGGGCACCAAGUUCAACAAAGUUGUCCCCGGCGCAACGAGCUUUCCGGCAGUGAUACUAUCGGCGGCAAGCUUUAAUGAGAGCUUGUGGCUGGAGAUGGGUCGGGUGGUGUCGACGGAGGCUCGAAGCAUGUACAAUGUGGGGCUCGCCGGGUUGACGUUUUGGAGUCCUAAUGUGAACGUGUUUCGGGAUCCGAGGUGGGGCCGCGGCCAGGAGACUCCCGGCGAGGACCCCUUGGUGGUGAGCAGGUAUGCCGUCAGGUACGUUCGUGGCCUGCAAGAAGUUGACGGUGACGACGAGGACGACGACGACGAGAGGGGUGGGAGGCUUAAGGUUUCAAGUUGUUGUAAGCAUUAUACUGCUUAUGACCUUGAUAAUUGGAAAGGCAUUGAUCGCUUUCAUUUUGACGCCAAGGUGACACAGCAAGAUUUGGAGGACACAUAUCAGCCUCCCUUUAAGAGCUGUGUGGAAGAGGGACACGUCAGCAGCGUGAUGUGCUCUUAUAACAGAGUCAACGGGAUUCCCACCUGCGCCGACCCUGACCUCCUCCAAGGGAUUGUCAGAGGCCAAUGGGAUCUUGACGGAUAUAUUGUUUCAGACUGUGAUUCAGUGCAAGUCUUUUUCGAGACAAUUAAGUACACACCAACGCCAGAAGAUGCAGUCGCUCUUGCACUGAAAGCAGGUUUAAACAUGAACUGUGGAAACUAUCUAGGAAAGUACACGGCAAGUGCAGUGAACUUAAAGAAAGUGGAUAUAUCCACGGUGGACCAAGCCCUCGUGUACAAUUACAUUGUCCUUAUGAGACUAGGCUUCUUUGAUGACCCAAAGUCACUUCCAUUUGCAAACCUAGGCCCAUCUGAUGUGUGCACCCAAAGCAACCAACAAUUAGCCCUAGAAGCUGCAAAACAAGGCAUCGUUUUACUGGAAAACAAAGGCUCUCUUCCUUUAUCCCAAACCAACACCAAAAAACUAGCCUUAAUUGGACCCAAUGCCAAUGCCACCACAGUGAUGAUCAGCAACUAUGCUGGCAUACCCUGUAGGUACACUAGCCCUCUACAAGGGCUAAAGAAGUACGUGCCAGGCCUAACUUAUGCACCUGGUUGUAGAAAUGUGAAAUGUGGUGAUCAGAGUCUUAUUGCAGCGGCUGUCAAAGUAGCGGCUAGUGCUGAUGUGGUUGUGUUGGUUGUGGGAUUGGAUCAAUCUGUUGAGGCAGAAGGGCUUGAUAGAGUGAACCUGACGUUGCCUGGGUUUCAAGAGAAGCUUGUCACAGAUGUGGCUGGUGCCUCCAAUGGGAUAGUGAUUCUGGUGAUUAUGGCUGCUGGUCCUAUUGACAUUUCUUUCACUCAAAGUAUCAGUAACAUUGGGGGGAUUCUGUGGGUCGGGUAUCCUGGCCAAGACGGAGGAGAUGCAAUUGCUCAAGUUAUAUUUGGAGAUUACAACCCAGGUGGGAGGUCCCCAUUUACAUGGUACCCACAAUCGUAUGUGGAUCAGGUUCCCAUGACAGACAUGAACAUGAGAGCCAAUUGUACAAGAAACUACCCAGGAAGAACCUACAGAUUCUACACAGGAAAAUCAAUCUAUCCAUUUGGCCAUGGCUUGAGCUACUCCUCUUUCUCCAUUUUCAUAGCCUCUGCUCCUCCAACCAUUUUCGUUCAAAGCAACGCCACGUCGCUUCCCUUCAAUCACGACCUUGAUCAGUCCCUCCAUGAAGGCCAAGCACUGGACAUCUCAACCUUAAAUUGCUUGGACUUGACAAUCCUGCUUGUGAUUGCUGUGAAGAACAACGGACCCAAGUAUGAUGGGUCCCAUGUGGUGCUUGUGUUUUGGGAUCCAGUGGGAUCGGGGCAAAUUUACGGAGCUCCGGUGACCCAAUUGGUGGCAUUUGAGAGAGUGGAAGUGGAGGUUGGGAAGAUAGAGUUUGUGAAUGUAAAGAUAAAUGUGUGCCAAGACCUGAGUGUGGUGGAUGGUGAAGGGAAGAGGAAGUUGGUCCUCGGAAAGCACACCGUUUUGGUGGGUUCUUCCAGUGAAGCUCAGGUGAAACACCAGAUUGAUGUUAAAGUUUCAGGAAGUGGAAAUGGAGAAGGCUUCGUGUCUAAGUGACUCCAAAGUAUCUAGUAGCUACAACCUAAAUUAUAUGAAAUUGGAAUAGCCAUAUACUAAAGUUUAGCAGUGGUCGGAUUUGGGGGAGUCCUGUUUGUGAUAUGUCAUGCGUAUAUUAUGAAAGUUGAAGUUAAAUUCUGGCUUAAAAAGGAAAAUAUUUACUGUUGAGAAAAGCGCUAGAGGAAGGGCUUGAACCUUCGACCUUGUGGUUAACAGCCACACGCUCUAACCAACUGAGCUACUCCAGCUUGUUAACGUUUCGCGCACAAAUAAAUAUCUUAAUUUGUCUA